CAGUACAGACCGUCCUCUCCUCUCUUCCUCAUUCUCCGUUGCCGUAGCAACGCACUAAAAGCGUCCGCUGAGCUGAUGGAGAGGAAGAUGGAGGAAAACACUGACAGAGCCAUCAAGACUGAAAAUGAAGCUGGAGGGGAAGAAUCCUUAGGAGGGAAUGUCAACAAGCUGACAAUAACACCACCUGCAUACACAGGACCUCUACGGAAAGGACAUCUGAUUUUUGAUGCUUGCUUUGAGAGUGGGAAUCUGGGCCGUGUAGACUACAUCGGUGAUUUUGAGUUUGACCUCUUCAUUCGACCUGACACCUGCAACCCUCGCUUCAGAGUCUGGUUCAACUUCACUGUGGAAAACGUCCGGGAGACGCAGGUCAGGAUCAUCUGAUCUUUUUUGUUUUUUGC